AUGUCAAAUCACACGACUUACCGGGAUGCAAAGCUUGUAACCGAUAUGGAGCUUACCCUGACAAGCACACUCGGAUACAAUGACUCGAUUGACACGACAUUACCAUUCUCGCUUACAACUAUGGACAACUUUCCGUCAAUUGAGACCGGUUUCUCCUCCAUGCACCACAUAGGCGAGCUCGGGACAGUUUCGAAUACGUUCUUACCAUCUCCCAACUCGAUUCCCGAAUCCUUACCAAAUCCGCUGUCAUCAACAAAAGCAUUCUUGACUUCGCCUGAUCCUUGGACUAAGCAAGAUACAUGUCGAACUACCGAUUCGAUUGUCUCGCAAAAAACUCAACAAGUCUCAGAAUUCCGAACCAGAGGUCGGCCAAGAAAGGACCUGAGCAAAAAGGAAACCACGCAGCCUCCGAGCGACAAUAUCAACAAAUAUCGAGCAAAGAAUCGAAGAGCCUCAGCCCGUUGCAGAGAAAAGGAACGAUCUCAAGCAGCUGCUUUGGAAGAGGCUUUCCAGGAGCAGAACAGACGGAAUAUCGCCUUGAAGCAGACAACUGCAGCUUUGAGGGAAGAGCUUUUCUGUCUCCAGAUGCAAGCACUACAACAUGGUGAUUGUUGCUGCAACGAUGUUCAAGGUUAUAAUCAGCGUAGAGCGCAGGAUAUAGCAGUGGCUUGGGAUUUGUAG